GUGCUUGGUGGGCACGGGGGGUGGGGGUGGGGGGGGCACAGCCCCUGCUGCCCCCCCCCACGGUGCCGCUCCCCGCAGAGCCCAGGCGCCGGGGAUGGGGGGCGACACCGGGGGGAGCCGGGCCCUGCUGGGGGCCGCGCUGCUGCCGCUGCCCUGGGCCCCCUCGCUGGGGGCGGUGGCGGCGGGGGGGGGCCCGGAGAGCUUCGUGCCCCCCCCUGUCCCCAGCACCGACCCGCUGUGGCGCCUGGGCCACGCCGCCUGGGCCACGCUGGAGGGCUGGCUGGGCCCCGAGCCGCUGCGCCUGCUGGCGGAGGGCCUGGCCGCCGUGCUGUGGCUGGUCUCCUCCGCCAUCUCGGCCGGCCUGGCCGUGCUCAGCACCGUGGCGGGGGACAUCCUGAGCGCCUGCGGCCUGGGCGGGGCCGGGCUGGUGCGCGGGGCGGCGCUGGCCCCCGGCGAGGUGCAGCGGGUGCUGCUGUGGGGGCUGGCGGCGCUGGCGGGGGCCCGGCUGCUGCGGCGGCUGCUGGGGGUGCUGCUGGCCCCGCUGCGGCGGGCGCUGCGCUGCCUCAAGCUCUGCUGCUUCCUGGCAGCCUUCCUCCGCGUGGCGGCCGCCGAGGGCAGCGGCCCCACGGCGCAGGCGGCGAUGCUGCUGGGGCUCUGGGGGCUCUACCUACUGCUGGGGGGCGGCGGGGAGCACCCCCCCGGCCCCGAGGCCAGGCUGGAAGCCGCCGUCCGCAGCCUGGAGUGGAAGGUGGAGGAGCUGUGCCGCUGGCAUAGGUGGGGGGGGGCCCAGAACCGCGAGGAGGAGUGAGGGGGAGCACUGGGGGGGGGGCUGCGUUGCCCCCCUCCCACCCCACGUGUGUGACCCCCCGCUGUGUGCACCCCCCCACCCUGCUCGCCCCUUCCGCCACCCCACGUGUGGCCGGUGACCCUGUGGGGCAGCCCCCGUCCCGCUGCCCCCCAAAGCUGGGGAGCCGCUCGCCGUGCCCCCCCCUCAGUGCCUUCACCGAGCCCACGCUGCUUUUGUCCCCUGGGGGGCACGCCGGCAGCCCCCAGCCCCUUGUGCCCACAAAGAGCAGAGGGGGCAGCCUGUCCGUCUGUCCGUCCAUCUCCAGAGGUGGCUGUGGGGUGAGAAGGGGACCCCAAAGAUGGGUGUCACCCCCCCCCCCGUGGCUCGGUUUUCUAGCUGCUUGUUGAGUGGUUUUGCUGUGUGGUGCCAAAUAAAAGAGUUUCACGGUGUC